AUGCAUAUCAAACAGAUCAUUAUCCAGGGCUUUAAAAGCUACAAGGACCAGACUAUUAUCGAACCCUUCAGCCCUGGGCACAAUGUCAUCGUCGGUCGCAAUGGCUCUGGAAAGAGCAAUUUCUUCGCUGCGAUUCGAUUCGUACUAUCCGAUGCCUAUACACAGAUGGGAAGGGAGGAACGACAAGCGUUGCUACAUGAAGGUUCUGGACAAGCUGUAAUGAGCGCUUACGUUGAGGUCAUUUUCGAUAACUCGGACGAGCGAUUCUUGACCGGAAAGGAUGAGGUUAUUAUCCGACGAACGAUUGGAUUGAAGAAGGAUGAAUACAGCUUGGAUCGAAAGUCAGCAACAAAGACCGAUGUUAUGAAUCUUCUGGAAAGCGCUGGGUUUAGCAGGAGCAAUCCUUAUUAUAUCGUCCCACAGGGUCGUGUUACCUCGCUCACGAAUAUGAAGGAUCCGGAACGAUUGACACUCUUGAAGGAAAUUGCUGGUACUCAGGUCUACGAACAGAGAAGAGGAGAAUCUCUGAAAAUUAUGGAGGAUACCAACCAGAAGAGGCAGAAGAUCGAUGAAUUGUUGGAUUCAGUUGAGGAGCGACUUGGGGAGCUCGAGCAGGAAAAGGAGGAAUUAAGAGGCUAUCAGGAAAACGACAGGGAGAAGCGCUGUUUGGAGUACACAAUUCUUCAUCGAGAACAGAUGGAAAUCAACGGUGCUAUUGACUCAAUCGAGGAGGGGCGUGCCAGGGGAGCUGAGAACAGCGAAGAUGCACUCGAGAAGUUCCGGGAGCGCGAGAAGGAAAUAGAACAGCUCACUAAGCAGCUUUCCAAGACUGGGCAGGAGAUAUCUCUUCGAAAGCUUGAGAAGCAACAACUCGACCGGGAACGUCGUGAGCACCUCAAAACCAGCACACAGCUGGACCUUGCUGUUCGUGAAUACGCCGACAAUCAGUCGAGCAGAGACCAAGCGAAGAAGAAGCAUAAGGUUGAAGUUAAUAGACUUCAAUCGGAAAUUACCUCUCACCGGAGUGAGCUUGAAAAGUUGAUCCCGGAAUUCUAUGCCAGAAGGACAGAAGAAACCAAGAUUAGAAAUGAAUUGGACAAAGUUCGCGCGGUACAGAAUGCCCUGCAUGCCAAACAAGGACGUAGUGCCAACUUCAACAGCAAAAAGGAACGUGACACUUUUCUCAGAAACGAUAUUGCCAAGAUCGAUGCAAACAUGGCAAGACGACAAGCUGCACGCGAGACUCUCGAACAAACAAUCUCAUCGACCGAGACACACAUUGAAUCUCUAGAAAAGGAUAUUGAGCAAACUAGACAACUGCGCGACAACCGCACAGCGGCCUUGAUGGACCUCAAUGAUAAAGUCAGAGAGGCAGAAAGCCAUUGGGAAAAGCUAGUUGAUAAGAAGAAAGUUCUUCAGAGAGAAGAUGCUAGGUUGGACAGCGAUGUCAAAGCGAUAGGGGACGAGCUCAGGAAAGCCGAGGUGCAAUUGUCGUGGAUGAUGGACAGAGAUACAAGUCGAGGUCUACAGUCCAUGCGUGCUGCCAAGGCUGAGCUCGGGUUGGACGGUGUUUAUGGGACGCUUGCUGAAUUAUGUCGAGUCGAGGACGUAUACAAGACAGCUGUCGAAGUUACUGCCGGCGGCAGCUUGUUCCAUGUCGUUGUCGACACUGACAGAACAGCAACCAAGCUCAUUAACUACGUUCGUGAUCGAGGACAGGGCCGUGUUACCUGUAUGCCACUCGACCGGAUGCGAAACCGCCCCGUCCGUUAUCCUGAUGCCACCGAUGCUAUUCCUAUGUUGGAAAAGAUGGAGUAUGACGAGAUGUACCACAGUGCCUUUGAACAUGUUUUCGGCAAGACCAUCAUCUGUCCGGAUCUUCAUAUUGCUUCGCAGUAUGCUCGCUCCCACGGACUCAGCGCAAUUGAUUUGGAGGGCAGGUCUAGCGAUAAAAGAGGCGCUCUUAGUGGUGGAUUCAUUGAUCGGAAACGAAGCCGCUUGGCUACCGUCGAGCAGGUCUCCGAGCUCCAGGCGAAAUAUGACGAGGAAUUGGAAAAGAGCAACGAGCUAAAGGAAGACCUUCGGUCGUUAGAGCAAGAGAUAAACAUCGUUCAGGGAGGAGUGAAUAAAGCUAGGUUCGAUCUUAAUAAGUCAGCCAAGCAGUUCCACAUGAUCCCUGAGCAGAUCUCAUCGAAAUCAUCAGAGCUUGGUGCUCUCCGAACAGAGUUGCGCAGGAUGGAGAACGAUAAAGACAACUCAGAAGUGGAAUUGGCACGUCUGAACGAGCAACUUGCAUCACAUAAGGCAGAAUUGGCUUCGGAGUUUAAGAAAGCUCUGAGCUCUGACGAAGAACGGGCCUUAGCUCAGGCACUUGAUAGCAUACAGAAGUUGAAUUCAGCGUUAGCUGAAGCUUCGACGAAACGAGUUGAGGUUGAAGGUAGGAAGACUGAUCUCGAGUCUACGCUGCACGACAAUCUAGAGGUUCGUUUGGAUCAACUCAAGGCCGUUAGCGAGGAGGGAGAAGGAGACUCGGCUGGAGGUGUAGGCCAAGGCAGGAGGAUCGCAGACCUCCAGGCUGAUUUGAAGCGCGCGCAGAAGGCGAUUGCUUCAGUCGAGCAGAAGAUCCAAGAGACCGAGGAAACCAUUGAAGAAUAUACCCGAGAGAUUGCAAAACUCGAGAAGGCUAGAGCGGCGAAGCAAGCUGAGCAGGAACUAGAAGCUACCAGCAUUGAGAAAAUGCAGAAGCGUAUGGAAAAGAGUAUGGCUAAGCGUGCUAUGUUGGGUGAGAAUGCCGCCGAGGUCCAGCGCAAGAUUCGCGAUCUUGGUGUGCUUCCAGAUGAAGCCUUCGAGAAAUACACCAAAUUCAAAUCGGAAACUCUCGUCAGCAAGUUGAAGAAGGUCCAUGAGAACUUGAAGAAGUUCUCACAUGUCAACAAGAAGGCUUUUGAGCAGUACAACAACUUUACGAAGCAACGCGAUACAUUACAGAAGCGUCGUGAGGAGUUGGAUGAAUCUCAACAGUCCAUUGAGGAAUUAAUUCAGGUUCUUGACCAAAGGAAGGAUGAAGCUAUCGAGCGUACCUUCAGACAAGUCUCGAAGAGCUUUGCUGAGAUCUUCGAAAAGCUUGUUCCUUUGGGUCGUGGACGUUUGAUUAUCCAGCGCAAGGCAGAUAAUAGGAACAGACGAGAGGAAGAAGACUCGGAUGAAGAGGAAGGAGGACGCAGUUCUGUCGAUAACUACCUUGGUGUUGGGAUCUCAGUUUCCUUUAACUCCAAGCAUGACGAUCAACAGAAGAUUCAGCAGCUUUCUGGUGGACAGAAAAGUUUGUGCGCCUUGGCUUUGGUAUUUGCUAUCCAGCAGUGUGAUCCCGCGCCGUUUUACCUUUUCGAUGAAAUCGAUGCCAAUCUCGACGCUCAAUAUCGUACUGCCGUUGCACAAAUGGUAAAGAAUUUGAGUGCUGGCUCUGAAGGUGGACAGUUCAUUUGCACCACUUUCCGAAGAGAAAUGGUUUUGACAGCAGAUCAACACUACGGUGUCACAUUCUUGAACAAGAUGUCUAGUAUCGAUCUUGUUGGUAGGGAGGAGGCGUUAGCUUUCGUCGACGGACAAAAGCAGUAA